AUGGGCCUGUUUGGCCUGGGCGUGCCCGAGCUGGCGGUCAUUGCGGGCGUGACGGCGCUUAUCUUUGGGCCCAGCAAGCUGCCGGAGCUUGGAAAGGGCCUUGGCAAGACCGUGAGGAACUUCCAGUCCGCAGCAAAGGUGGGGGCGUGGGGCAGCGCGGCGCUGGCAUGA